AAACAGUCUAAUUAGGAAGCGGAAAAAAAUAAAUAAAACAAUUGCCGCUAGGUACCACCUCGGUAAAGUGUAGCAGAGCUGUACCUAAGUUUGUCUAGUGUGUAGGUCCUAGGUACUUAAUAAGUACAAGUACCUAGUAUCUACUUAUGUACCUACCUAGUUCGUAGACGUUUGUAAAUGUAACUAUAUAUCGUAUUGUUAAAGUGAUCGUGUUUUUGCGGUAAGUACUUGUGCUGCUGCUGGAGCUGCAAUGGCUACUUCGAGUAGAAAACAAGUGACUUCGGUGGAUUCACUGUCAAAUCUAAUGGAAACACUUGUUGUUUCUCCUAUAUCAAUUGGGUCUGCACUCUGGGUACAAGUAACCCACAUAAACAAUCCUAACAGCUUUUAUGUUAGACAGACAAGCUUCAAUCAUUACCUUCCGGCAUUGCAAGCACCUGGUUCUGAAGUUGAAGUUGAUCAAUUGCAAAUUGGCAAUGUAGUUGUUUAUAAAUCAAAAAUUCACAAGUGCUUCAUUAGGGGCCAAAUCAUAUUUAUUGAUGAUAUCAAUGGAGAUGUAAAUUUAGAAGUGUUUGCUAUGGAUUAUGGGAAUCUGGAGAGACAGAUACCAUUAACAAGUGUUUGUAACCCCCUUAAUAAUAAUUGGAUACCACCUUUGGUGAAGCAUUGUUCACUUGUAUUGUGUCAGCCACCAAAUUGUGAAAAUUGGCCUGAAAAGUCAAUUGACGCAAUGAAAUUUUACAUUGGAGAUGAGAGAACAAAAAUUAUUGUAAAAGGAUUAAAUGAUGAUUUGUUAACCGUGAUAAUGUACAAUUCUUGUCCAGAAGAUAUUUCGACAAUGCUCGCCUUACAAGGCUAUUCAGUAUUAAGUUAUGACCAACAAUCAGUUAACAGAUUUUCUGCUAAACCAGCACCAAAACAAGCUUUUUACUUAUUUCCAACUCUAAAAAUUGGUGAAUCUCUUCAAGUUAGAGUACAAAGUGGAAGAAGUUUGAAAGAAUUUUAUGUAGCAGAAGUCAACAGCUACCAAAAAUAUAUAAGAGAAAGGGAAAUUAUUGCUCAAUUUUCUCGGCAAGAACAUGCAAUACGAGUUGAAGAUAUGUAUGAAGGAAAACCUGUAUGUGUUCAUACUACAACACGUUACCAAUUUGAAAGGGCUAUUAUAAAAAAAGUUAAUGAGUUAAAAAAUAAAGCAACAGUUCAACUAGUUGACUGGGGAGAUACAACAGAAAUAUCACUAGAUAACAUCAAGCCUAUUCAAGAAUCAUGCCUUGAGAAUGAAGCAAUUGCUAUCUAUUGCUCUACAGAUGAAAGCCAAGUUUGGGAUAAUGGAUUGCAAAAGUUUUUAUACCCGGGUUAUUCCUUUAUUAUAAAAAUUAAAUCUUUAGGAGAUUCUUUUAAAACUCCAAAUGCAGUCACCAUUUUUAAAAUACCAAAGACAAAAUCUGCCUGUUAAUCAUUGAGUUCAUCCAUACAUUUAGAAUAAGUAUGCCAUAUAAUCACAUUAUUUCAUACCAUAUAAUCACAUAUUUGUGUAAUCGUAGAAAAGUAUUAGCAACCAUAUGCAAUUCUGUACUUGCUGUAUUAAUUGGAGUUAGGUUCUUAACUUGGAACAAAGUUCUAGAAAGCUGAUUAUGACAGGGUAUGUUGGAGUUACCUAUUUAUUUAAUAAGCACUUGUGUUUUCGCUUUUGUUUAAUUGUUGUGUGUGUUCUCUAAUUUUAAUAAAUAUAAUAUUCACCAAUAGUAAAAGUUCUGAAAAAAUUUUGAAAUACCUAACCUAACCUAUUACAAUUUGUAAAAUAAAUAGAAUGUUUAAGUAUGUAUAAUUUUUAUAAAAGUAAAUAAGAAUAUCAAUAUGUUUAUUGAAUAUUUAGUAAAAAAUUUUACUAAAAUUUUAAAUGUUUACUUUUUCUUAUAUAUUUACUAUCCCAUAUAUAUUAAUGUAUUUUUUUAAAUGUUAGAAUUGAUUGAGCAUUUGUAAAAAAUAUUACUUAAACUAGCAGUUACUUUUUUAUCUUACAAAAUCCUAUUCGACGAAAACGUAAAUAAGCCAUUUUUAAAAUUGUAAUAAACAUUUGUAUAAUGAAAUGCGAUUAUAUGGUUGGUUUGUAGAAAUAUCUGGUUUAUAACAGCUUGAAGAUUGAGUGAGCACAAGGAAUCCUUUGUAUUUUUUUUAAAUUAUGGCUCUUGAUAAUUAAAAAUUAAUAAUCCCUGGCUCUAGUUUUUCCUAAAUCAAGGACACUCACAAACUUUUGUAACACCAAGAUCUUGCUGGCCCUCUGUGAGAGCUGAGUGAGCAUACUUAACUAUUUAUAAUCUUUACAAUUGGUUUUACAAAUUUUACAAUUGGUUUUAUAAAUUAUUUAUGACCUUUACUAAUUGGUGAAUAUUAUAUUUAUUAAAAUUACAGGGUGCGAACUCAAUGCACAUGCACACUUAAUUAUUUACCUUACUUUGUACUUUUUCUAGUAAGUUACUAUAAAAAUAAUAAUAUUAUCUUAUUUUAUACUUUCGGCAGGUCGUAUUUUGUGGUGCCAUCGAUAUUCAUUGCAGCCGCCGUCGCCGCCGACGAAUGUGUCACUCCCUAUAAAAAAUAAUUUGUGUUUGAUGUAUGUAAUCAUUGUAAUCAAAUGGUAGUAGGUACUAAUAAACAUUCGGUCACCCAA